AUGGUCUUCUUCCUGUCCAAGCAACAAGUUUUCAACCUUAUUAACUGCGGGCAGUUAAUACUGUACGUGCCUGCAGGGAGCGAGCAAACCGACUCCUCCGGGCUCAGUGUGCAGCUACCUCUGACCCCCCCUGUCUGCUCUUUGUUCUCAGUUCCUGCAGAGACAACCUACCACAGCCUGGAGGACGGGGUGGUGGAGUACUGCACCACGGAAGCCCCCGCCACAGUGACCACGGAGGCGCCCCUGGAGAUGAUGGCCCACCAGCACGAGGUGUCGGCCAAGCCCCAGGAGCUGAAGAGCCGCAUCGCCCUCAACUCUGCCAAGCUCCUGCAGGAGCAGCGGGUGACCAACCUGCACGUGAAGGAGAUCGCCCAGCACCUGGAGCAGCAGAACGACCUGCUGCAGAUGAUCCGCCGCUCCCAGGAGGUGCAGGCGUGCGCCCAGGAGCGGCAGGCGCAGGCCAUGGAGGGCACGCAGGCGGCGCUGAGCGCCCUCAUCCAGGUCCUCCGCCCCAUGAUCAAGGACUUCCGUCGAUUUUUGCAGAGCAACACGCCCAGCCCGCCAGUCACCGCCGAGCCCGGCCAGGCAGGGCAGCAGGAUGGUAUGAGCCAGUGA